CGGUUCUCUUUUCGCCUAACCGAGAAGGCAAAUCAGCUGUGGGUCGCUAAGCGGACUUUUAAAUAUACUUCCCGUUACGUCCAUAUAGGAUAACGUUAUAAUUAAACAUGUCUACUAACAGUAUGAUGGACCCGAGGAGACAAAAUAAGAUUUUAAGGUACAAGCCUCCCAGCACAGAGACCAACCCCACACUAGAGGACCCCACUCCUGACUACAUGAACCUGCUCGGCAUGAUCUUCAGCAUGUGUGGGCUCAUGCUUAAGCUGAAGUGGUGCGCCUGGAUCGCCGUCUACUGCUCCUUCAUCAGCUUUGCAAACUCCAGAAGUUCAGAAGACACCAAACAGAUGAUGAGCAGCUUUAUGUUGUCUAUCUCAGCCGUAGUGAUGUCAUACCUCCAGAACCCACAGCCAAUGUCUCCACCAUGGUAACCAAGGGCCAAUCACAGAAGAAAGCAUAAGUUGGCCACAAUUGCCUCCAACUCCCUGAAAAAAAAAUGGAGUCAUCUAUUCGCAACAACAUAAACAGAAAAAAUGACAGUCAUGUUUUACAGUUGUAAUCCUGUAUGAUUUUUCUUUUCUUUUUAGUUGCUGAUGAAAUCUUAAAAUAUUAAAAUUUUUGCAUACUUUUCUGAAUAAA